AUUUUGUUUAGUUUGAGUAUGCGCACUAGACUUUGCUGCCAAACGGCGCGUGAGUGGGCGUUACUUCAAGCCACACCCAAAAUGAGAUAUUUGUCUAAACUAUUCUCCACUUCUCUCUCCUUAUUAUAUAAAAGUAUAUCCACUCUUUCCUCUCGUUCCCUCAUUGAGUUGCAAGGGCCUGACAGUCGGUCCUUCAUUAAUGGACUCACAACUUGUAAUGCCUUACAGUCACUGGAGGGGAGGGCCCAGUAUAGUGGACUACUCAAUAGCAAUGGACGCAUACUUUAUGACGUCAUUAUUUAUCACAUGUCACAUGACAGGCUGUGGGUGGAGUCAGAUACGAGAGCUGUCGAUGAUGUCAUUAAACAUUUUACUAAAUAUAGAUUAAGGUCAAAGGUUGAUUUUACGAAAUUGAGAGACGUUAGUGUCUGCUUUAAAUCACCAAACGAAAAUAAUAAUAAUAAUAAUAAUGUAUUAAUCAGCGUAGCUGAUCCAAGAACAAGUGCUCUAUUUGAUCGUGUAUUAAUAAAUAAUAAUAAUAAUAAUGAUAAUAAUGGGGAGGAGGUGUAUCUGUUGCAUAGACUGCAGUGUGGAGUACCUGAAGGAAUUGAUGAAUUUUUAAUUAACAAAACACUACCAUUGGAAAUGAACAUGGACUAUAUGAAUGGAGUCAGCUUUGAUAAAGGUUGCUACUUGGGACAAGAGUUAACUUCUCGUACUCAUUUCAGAGGAAUUGUCAGAAAGAGAAUAUUACCAGUAACAAUGGAUGAGGAAGUUGAACAUGGCCUGUUGUCAUGGGGCAAUGAAAUCACUAAUUCUGAUGGAAAGAAAAUUGGAAAAAUAAUAAAAUGGAAGAAAAAAUACGCAAUUGCUUUGCUGCAAUUACCAUUAUUAGUUGAAGGUAAGAAGAUAGUGAUAAAGACAAAUGAAGAAGGUCGUGUUGUUGAAGGGGACUGGAGAAGACCGGAAUGGUGGCCGUCAGAAGAAUGAACAUUUUUGCAUUAUUUUAUACAUUUCCUGUUGAUUAUGUUUAGUGUUAAAAUAAAACAACACCUUUACAGUU